GGCUCAGAAUAAAGCAAGAAAUGGAUGCUAAAACACCUUCCUCAAUCAAAAGGAUGCAAAGGGAAGAGGUAACGCAGUGCUUCAUAUGUAGAACAGAUUUUCUGCAGCGCAAAAAGUUGUUGGAUCACCUACGGAUAGAACACGAGGGAGAACUUCCAUUCGACUGCAAAAAGUGUGUGUCAGAGACCAUUAGAAACCUCAAUCGACUUAACCUGCAUCACCAACAGCACGAUCCACAGUUGAAACGGUGCUGUUUAUACUGCCCGGCACGGUUUUCGUGCGGGCAAGCCGUUAGCAGACACAUGCGCAAGUUACAUCGCGCUCAGUACGAUAUGGAUGCGGAGAAGAAUCGUCGAUUCGUGUGUCGUUACUGCCAGCAAAAGUUUACAAAAAAGUAUGAUCUUCUAAAGCACGAGAAAAAGCAUUUCCAACUACCAAAUGACACUAACGAUGGCACAAAUUAUUCCGAGCGUGAGCUACGAUGCUAUAUAUGCAACGAUUUUACUGGAGAAUCUCGUGACAAACUGAACAAACAUGUCCGUCUACAUUCGGACUGGUUACCCUAUCAGUGCGAUAAGUGCGACAAAAAGUUGAUCAAUUCGGCACGAGUACUGUGUGAACAUUUGCGCCAACACGUGGAAGGCUUGGCAAUAAAAUGCGUAUACUGCGAAAAGCGAUUCGUAUCGUUGGCUGAUUGUCAGCACCACGAAGAAAAAAAUCACGUACAGGAGAAGCAAAUGGAUGAGUUGCAGGAAGCCAAAAUACAGGCCGAAAUCUACGACACCAAAAUAGUUGUGAUCGAAGGCCAGAAGCGUUUUCAGUGCGACUACUGUGAGCGAUCGUACACUUUACUCAGUACGCUACGAAGGCAUGUGCAUAUUCACUCGCUGGCAAAUAGCCUCGCAUGCCAGUUUUGUGGUAAAGUUUUUAGCAAUUCAGCGUCGUUAGGAUUGCAUGAGAAGCGUAACCAUGACGCCAGCAGCCCAUUUUCCUGUGAUGUUUGCAGCAAAUGUUUUAAAGAUACGAGGCGACUAAUCGAACAUCGACGAACACACUCGGGAGAAAAACCUUUCAUCUGCGAAAUAUGUGGUAAAUGUUUCCGCAUCCGCCAAAUUCUUCGUGAGCACAAACUGAGCUGUUUUGGGCCUGAGACCACCCAGCGUUGCUUUUGUAGGCUUUGCUCACAAAUGUUCGAAAAUCUUCCCAAGGCGUUGGAGCACGUGAAGGCAUCGCACAAUCAGGAAAUCCCAGAAACAAAGUGUUGCUCCUGCGAUUUGUUGUUCCGUGAUGCGGAAUCUCUGGUGGAACAUGAAUUCCGCCACACUCUUCCAGGCAUAAUUACAUGCAAGGUAUGCAAUCGUAUCUUCAAGCACCAUAAGAACCUCAUGCGCCAUAUUAAAAUGCAUGCUGACCAACCCGUACCGUAUAUGUGUGAUCUAUGCGGUAAAACUUUCACACAAAAAGGAUCGUUGACUAUUCACCGGCGCAUACAUACUGGGGAGAGACCCUUCUCUUGCGAAUUGUGUCACAAAGGCUUCGUGGACAAGAAGGAAAGACGACGCCACUACACAUCUCACUUCAAUCCUCAAAGCAAACUGUACAUACCAGAUGCUCACACUAUAGCCGCUCCACCGGAGGCAGGCCCGAACGGAAAGAAGUAUAAGACGUACAACUGUAAAAUUUGUGGGCGCCAAUUUACUUCAAGCUCGAAUCUUGCGAAACAUGUUACUACUCAUACCGGAGAAAAGAAAUAUAUGUGCGAGUUUUGUGACAAACGCUUCAGUCAGGGGGGACAACUUACAGUGCAUCGUCGAAUUCAUACUGGAGAGCGACCUUUUGCAUGUGAAAACUGCGGUGACCGCUUUCUAGACGGCAGUAGUUUCAAGCGUCAUAAAACACAACAUCUAUGCAAAGCGCACGAUAAGGCGCCGUCGUUCGCACAGAGUGCGAUGCCGGGAAGGAUACUACCAUCGGUUUCAACGCCCAUUGACGGUGAACAAAAUCAGUGUCAAGUACCACUGCCAGCUUCGAGCAUAGAACAACUUCCGGUUUCAUUAUCUAGUGGAAUUGCACCAAUGUCGCUAACAUCGGACUCCGUGCUGGUCGCGCCAACAUAUUUGUUAUAAGUUUU